UGAAAAGAUCCUCAUUCAGCAUCAAAAGGCAAAACAUUUUAAAUGCCACAUUUGCCACAAGAAGUUGUACACUGGCCCUGGCUUGGCUAUUCAUUGCAUGCAGGUGCACAAAGAGACGAUUGACAGCGUACCAAAUGCAAUUCCAGGAAGAACAGACAUCGAGCUGGAAAUCUAUGGCAUGGAGGGAAUUCCAGAUAAAGACAUGCAGGAACGAAGGCGAACGUUAGAACAGAAAUCACAAGAGAGUCAAAAGAAGAAGUCAAACAAUCAGGAUGACUCUGAUGAGUCUGAUGAUGAUGAAGCUGGACCGUCAGCUCAGCAGGUCACUGUGGUCCAGGCCCAGGCAGGCUAUGCUGCUCCAAUGGCACAACCUGGGAUCCCUCCUGUGGCUGGAGGACCAGUGAUUCCUCCUGCAGGAUAUCAAGGAAUGCCUCCUAUGAUGCCCGGUGUUCCUCACAUGAUGCAUGGCAUGCCUCCUGCAAUGCCUGGAAUGCCACCAGGUAUGAUGCCAAUGGGAGGGAUGAUGCCCCCAAUGAUGCCAGGGAUACCUCCGGCAGUCCCACCCCAUAUACCCCCAAGGCCAGGAAUUCCUCACAUGGCCCCAGCCCCUGCAGUCACUCGACCAGCAGCACCAGCGGCCCAGCCAGCUGUCACCAAACCUCUCUUCCCCAGUGCAGCACAGGCCCAGCAGACUGUUCCAGGAGUCGCAGGAGCUUCAAGUUCCCUCAGCACGGCCGCCUCCACUGACCCACCCAAAGCAACAUUCCCUGCCUACACCCAGCCCUCUGUCUCUUCUUCUUCCACUUCUUCUAAUCCCUCUAGCAGCACUGUGGCCAAACCCCCAGCCACAGUGACCAGUAAGCCUGCUACCCUCACCACCACGAGUGCAACUAGUAAGUUGAUCCACCCUGAUGAGGAUAUCUCACUGGAAGAGAUGAAGGCCCAACUUCCUCGUUACCAGCGUCUUGCACCAAGACCUGGUCAGGCCCAUGUGGCUGCUCCCCCAGUGGCAGCUGUGGGUGGUAUAAUGCCCCCACAGCAAGGCUUGCCACCACAGCAGCCAGGCAUGAGGCAUCCCAUACAUGGUCAGUAUGGUGCCCCUCCUCAGGGCAUGCCAGGCUACAUGCCUGGAGGGAUGCCUCCAUAUGGGCAGGGGCCUCCCAUGGUGCCCCCUUACCAGGGAGGCCCUCCCAUGGGUAUGAGGCCUCCCGUCAUGUCUCCGGCUGGACGCUACUGAAGCAGCAAAGCAACCUGCACAUUAGGUUUGAGGUUAACACCUUUCUAUCACCCUUGUGCUUUUUCAAACCUAGCUGCAAGCAAAGAGCAUAAAGACCAACGGUGGUGAAGACAAAUAUUUGUUAGAACACAUGGACAUUUAACGUAACAUCUUUAUUUGAAAAGAGCCAAACACCACAUAAGUUUUUAACAACUAUAACGUUGUUAACUAAUUACAUGUGAGGAUAUAUUUUUCCCCUUAGGUUUCACUCAGGUUCAUAGAAGUGAAGUGUGUUUAAAUGAUUCAUAUUUCUUUUGAAGCUGCUGGAGUUUCAUGAACGUACCAACUCCUUACAAAGGCAAGUUUCUCUUGUAAACAUUUAAUCUUAUUUUUGUUUAUUUUUUUGGGUGGAAUGAUUGAGGCCCUCACAGCAUGCUUAGAUGCUGUUGGACAUUCGUCCCCAACCUUGGUUGGUGAGGGUCUCAGAAACUGGUUACAGUUACAUAGUCUAUAAACUCCAUGACUCAUCAGGCUCUAGUUUUAUUCUUUUUUUCAGGUUUGAUUUAAGUAUUUCCUGGUCCUAAGUCUACUUGUAUGCAUCCUUUGUAAUGUUUUAUCAAUCUGUUGUAAUAAAAUCCAUCUUGAAAUCCAAUGCUGGUUUGUCCUGACGUGCGUGGAGGUGAGUCAUGAAGGUUUGUACUGA